AGUUUCUCAAACUACAUGUCAGCAGGCAGACACCGAACACGGAGUGUUACUGGUUUACCUCUCAGACUGGAGAAGAUGAGUGAUUUGGAGGAAAAGGGGGACAGAUCAGAGUCUCCAGGAUCCAGCUCUCUGGCCAUGAAAGGAAAACCUCCAGACCUCAGUAAAGAAGCUGGACCUUCAGACACAAAACAGAGAGCAGAGUCUCCAGGAUCCAGCUGUCUGUCUCUGAAGAGUGACCGGUCCAAAGGAAGACCUCCAAACUUCAGUAAUGAACCUGGACCCUCAGACACAAAAGUUCAGUCCAACAGACGGAGAGCAGAGUCUCCAGGAUCCAGCUGUCUGUCUCUGAAGAGUGACCGGUCCAAACAUGAUCCUCCAGACUUCAGUAAUGAACCUGGACCCUCAGACACAAAAGAGAGGAAGAGGAGUCCUGUUUCUGUGGAGGAGCAGCCGUCCUGCUGUGCUUUGUGUCAGGACGUCCUGAAGGAUCCGGUCUCUACCAGCUGUGGACACUGGUUCUGCAGACGGUGCAUCACCUCAUACUGGGACCAGUCUGCUUCAUCAGGAGACUCCUCCUGUCCCCAGUGUGGAGACAGAUCCAGAACGAGACCUGGACUGCAGACAGCCCGUCAGACCAGCACUGUACAAACAGAUAGUGGUCUGCAGGAGGUUUUAGAUGAACAUAAGAUCAGUCUGAGGAGGAGAUGUGAACGUGUGACUGAAGGAAGUGAUGAAACAGGAAGUGGAACCCUCCUCAACAGGAUCUACACUGAGCUCUACAUCACAGAGGGACAGAGUGAAGAGGUUAAUACCCAACAUGAGGUGAGGCAGCUUGAGGCAGCUUCCAAGAUGGAGACCCUCCAUGACACUCCAAUCAAGUGCCACGACAUCUUUAAGGCCUUACCCGGCCAACAGGGACACAUCAGAGUCGUUCUGACGAACGGCGUUGCUGGCGUUGGAAAAACCUUCUCGGUGCAGAAGUUCACUCUGGACUGGGCAGAGGGCUUGGAAAACCAAGACGUCAGUCUGCUGAUUCUGCUUUCGUUCAGGGAGCUGAACCUGAUCAGAGAUGAGCGGUGCAGUCUUCUCGAGCUGCUCCAUGUUUUCCAUCCAACAUUACAGAAGGUCACAGCAGAGAAGCUCGCUGUCUGGAAACUUCUGUUCAUCUUUGACGGCCUGGAUGAAAGCAGACUUUCACUGGAUUUCCACAACAAUGAGGUCGUGUCUGAUGUCACACAGAAGUCAUCAGUCAACGUGCUGCUGACAAACCUCAUCAAAGGGAAUCUGCUUCCCUCGGCUCUCGUCUGGAUCACUUCCCGACCUGCAGCAGCCAAUCAGAUCCCUCCUUCAUGUGUUGGCAGGGUAACAGAAGUACGAGGCUUCACUGACGCCCAGAAGGAGGAGUACUUCAGGAGGAGAGUCAGUGAUGAAGAGCUGUCCAGCAGAAUCAUCUCGCACAUCAAGACAUCCAGGAGCCUCCACAUCAUGUGUCUGAUCCCAGUCUUCUGCUGGAUCACUGCUACAGUUCUGGAGCACAUGUUGACUACAGACCAGAGAGGAGAGCUGCCCAAGACCCUGACUGACCUGUACUCACACUUCCUGCUGGUUCAGAUAAAGAGGAAGAAGCAGAAGUAUGAUGAGGGACAUGAGACGAGUCCACAGGAGCUGAUGGAGGCUGACAGGGAAGUUCUUCUGAAGCUGGGGAGGCUGGCGUUUGAACAGCUGAAGGAAGGAAACAUCAUGUUCUACCAAGAAGACCUGGAGCAGUGUGGUCUGGAUGUCUCAGAGGCCUCGGUGUACUCAGGAGUUUGUACAGAGAUCUUCAGAAGAGAGAGUGUGAUCUUCCAGAAAACAGUCUACUGCUUUGUUCAUCUGAGCAUUCAGGAGUUUCUGGCUGCCGUCUACAUGUUCCACUGUUACACCGACAGGAAGACAAAGGUACUGGAGGACUUCCUGGGGAAAGACUGGCAAACCAGGGACUUAUACGUGUUGCAUUUGCCAGAAGAUUGGGAUAAUGAUAGCGACAAAAACUCAUCUCUGGAUGUCUUCCUGAGGAGUGCCAUCGAGAUAUCUCUGCAGAGUAAAAAUGGCCACCUGGACCUGUUUGUCCGCUUCCUUCAUGGCCUCUCUCUGGAGUCCAACCAGAGACUCUUAGGAGGCCUGCUGGGUCUGACAGACAACAGUCCUGAAAUCAUCCAGAAAGCCAUCAACAACCUGAAGGACAUGAACAUGUAUAAGAUCUCUCCUGACAGAAGCAUCAACAUCUUCCACUGUCUGACGGAGAUGAACGACCACUCAGUCCAUCAGAAGAUCCAAGAGUUCCUGAAGUCAGAGAACAGAUCAGAGAAGAAACUCUCUGAGAUCCACUGCUCAGCUCUGGCCUACAUGCUGCAGAUGUCAGAGGAGGUUCUGGAUGAGUUGGACCUGAAGAAGUACAAGACAUCAGAGGAGGGACGAUGGAGACUGAUUCCAGCUGUGAGGAACUGCAGAAAGGCUCUACUUUCUGGCUGUCGACUCUCAGAGACUCACUGUGAAGUCGUGGCCUCAGCUCUGAAGUCCAACCCCUCCCAUCUGAGAGAGCUGGACCUGAGUUCCAACGAGCUGCAGGAUUCAGGAGUGAAUUUGCUGUCUGCUGGACUGGAGAGUCCACACUGCAGACUGGAGACUCUGAGAUUGAGUCGCUGCAGUUUGUCAGAGAUCAGCUGUGCUUCUCUGGCCUCAGCUCUGAAGUCCAACCCCUCCCAUCUGAGAGAGCUGGAACUGAGUGACAACGAGCUGCAGGAUUCUGGAGUGAAGCUGCUGUCUGAUCUUGUGGAGAGUCCACACUGCAGACUGGAGACUCUGAGGAUCAACAGCAAGUUGAUCACAGCUGACAAACACAAAAAAUAUGACUCCGAUGUCAAACUGGAUGUAAAAAAAACCCUGCCCGGUGACAAAAAGGCUCCAUUAUCCUUCUCACCUGAACAGACAACUGGAUCUUCAUACAGGUUCAGGUGUCCUGGUCCAGGUGUGUUCCAGUGUACUUUGACUGGACUGGUGUUUGUUAUGGCUCAGGAGGCGGAGCUGCUGUACAGGACUGUCCAAUGGGAUGAGAGCCUCCUCCAAUCAGCUGGCAAGAUGGCUGCAGGGAUGCUGUUCGAUAUCAAGUGUUCGGAGGAUGAUGCUGUCUGUCAGCUCCACCUGCCACACUGCGAAACAAAGGAUGCGUUGCUUGUUGAUGGUCUGCUGUCUGUCAUCCACAUCACUGAUGAUGGGAUGAGCAUUUUGGAGCCGCUGGAGAUUACAGACACUCAUGUGGUUGUGAAGGUCCCUCACCUCUCUGCCUUUGGCCUCGUCUGGGACUACAUUCAAAGGUUUCUGAACAUUUCACUGCCAAUAAAUGGCCAAGUUCUGCUGUUCCUCCGACCUCCAAACAUUAGGCAUCAAAUCCUCGAUGUAUUUCUGCUGCAGGACAACAUCCCUCUGCAUGAGGUUGCUGCCCAACAAGGAGCUGCUGAGAACAUCAGGAUCUCUUCCGACUGUCAUCUCGGCAUUGGUCAAAGUUACAGUGUCCACUGUGAACCCGAGGGCUUCAUAAUACAGCCUGAAAGCGCACCGUUUCGCUCAAAGUACGGACCAAAUUUCUAUCCGACAUUUGAAGUUUUCCUGACUACGAACCCAGAGGAGGUGACUUUGACGGUUCAGGACCGAGAGAGGAAAGAAGUGUGGAGACGUGUUGUGCCUCUGACAGUGUUACUGGUUUACCUCUCAGACUGGAGACGAUGAGUGAUUUGGAGGAAAAGGGGGACAGAUCAGAGUCUCCAGGAUCCAGCUCUCUGGCCAUGAAAGGAAAACCUCCAGACCUCAGUAAAGAACCUGGACCCUCAGACACAAAACGGAGAGCAGAGUCUCCAGGAUCCAGCUGUCUGUCCAUGAAGAGUGACCGGUCCAGAGAUUCUCCUCCAAACUUCAGUAAUGAACCUGGACCCUCAGACACCAAGAGUCAUGGGGGACGGUUUCUACU